UAGAUUCUGAUAGAAUAGUUUCUUAUGUUUAUUUCCCCUAGUCUGUCCAGAAACAAACCCUUAAAAUAUUCAAGUCAUUCUCCCCAUCAUGGAAGGCCCAUCCAUUGUGCCCAUGAUAGCGUUUUUCGCAGUGGCCCUUUCUGUGUGCCUCAUCUGGUUCUGCCUGGUGAAAAGAUUCUUGAGACAUGCGCAGCAAGAUGUGCAGUCAAGAACUACAGUCACGAGUACACAUCACCCACAAUACUCACAUAACCAGCCUGUGGCUAAUAACCUACAGCCAGCUUAUGGAGGGCAUCCCAUUCUGACUGGACCAUGUCAGCAAACUUAUGUACCGGGACCACCACCCACAUAUCAGGAGGCUGCAGGUCUGUUUCCUGCUCGCUUCAGCCAGGCUGCAUAUGACGGUGGUCAGAUCAUGUACCCUCUACAACCACCGGUUCAACCAGUGCUUCCCACAGACUACACCUCACCUCAAGCCCCAUACAACCCUGCUUAUGUGGAAUCAGCAAAGACCAGUUAGC